GAAUAAUUUGCUGGCUAUUUUACUGUUAUCUUUUAUAUUUUCUUAUGCCUAUGGUAUCCAACUAGCCGUUAAGGUUCCUAAUGGAGUAAAAUGUCUUUUUGUAGAAUACACACCUGUAAAUGGUAUUACUAAUACUAUUGGCGCCCCGUUUUUAAUGGAUCUGGUUGACACAGAGGGAUAUUAUCAUUUUGGUGACGCUAUACCAGUACAAGAAAGCCUUUCAUAUACAAUUCUUGCUUAUUCUGAUGUUCCCGCUAAUGGAUACUGUGGCGGAAAUUGUGUAGCUAUUAUCAAAAAUUUCAAUCCUUCUGAUUAUUAUAUGAAGAAUGAUCCUUUGAAACUUGAUAUAGGUUUUUUUACAAAUUGUAAUGCGUAUUAUACUCAACUAGCUGUUCAAGUUCCUACUGGAGCAAGAUGUAUGCAAGCUGUAUUUGAUAAUACUUAUUACACUUCUACAAGAAUACUUUAUGUUGAUUUAGUUGAUGAACAGGGAUAUUUUCAUUUUAGUAAUAUUGUACCAGUACAAAUAAUUAGUUCAUAUCAAUUUUGGGCUUAUGCCGGAUUCCCUAAUGUUCAAAACAAAACAGAUCCUACUGAUGAUUCCUGUUUUGGAUGGUGUAUGGGUGCGGCCCGAAGUUUAGUUCCUACUAAUGAUAUUAUUUCGAGUAGUCUUUGGAAAAUUGAUCAAG